CGGAUCUACGGCGAGGGCCCGGCCCGCGCCCCUCACGUCUUCCGCAGGGAGCGCUUCAGCUUCGAGACCGUGCCGGCCCGAACCAGCUGCGAGACCCGGGACCCCGCCGGGCCGGCGGGCGGAGACGGGCGGCCGCGGCGGCGGCGGCGCUCCGUGUCCCGGGCCCGGCAGGUGGAGCUGCUGCUGGUGGCCGACGCCUCCAUGGUGCGCAAGUACGGGAAGGGGCUGCAGCACUACCUGCUCACCCUGGCCUCCAUCGCCUCCCGGCUCUACGCGCACGCCAGCCUGGAGAACCACGUGCGGCUGGCCGUGGUGAAGGUGGUGGCGCUGGGCGACAAGGAGAAGGGGCUGGAGGUCAACAGGAACGCCGCCACCACGCUCAAGAACUUCUGCAAGUGGCAGCACCAGCACAACCGCCUGGACGAUGACCACGAGGAGCACUACGAUGCCGCCAUCCUCUUCACCCGCGAGGAUUUGUGUGGGCAUCAUUCCUGUGAUACCCUGGGAAUGGCAGACGUUGGGACCAUCUGCUCCCCCGAGCGCAGCUGCGCGGUGAUUGAAGACGACGGCCUCCACGCAGCUUUUACAGUGGCUCACGAAAUUGGGCACUUGCUUGGGCUUUCCCAUGAUGACUCCAAGUUCUGUGAGGAGAACUUUGGCUCCAUGGAAGACAAGCGCCUGAUGUCCUCCAUUCUGACCAGCAUUGAUGCUUCAAAACCCUGGUCCAAGUGCACUUCAGCAACUAUCACAGAAUUCUUUGAUGAUGGCCAUGGGAACUGCCUGCUGGACCAGCCCAGGAAGCACAUCGUGGGCCCCGAGGAGCUGCCGGGGCAGACGUACGAUGCCAUCCGGCAGUGCAAGCUGGCGUUCGGCGCCGAGUACACGGUGUGCCCCGGCAUGGACGUGUGCUCGCGCCUCUGGUGCGCCGUGGUGCGCCAGGGACAGAUGGUCUGCCUCACCAAGAAGCUGCCCGCCGUCGAGGGAACCCCCUGUGGCAAAGGAAGGAUCUGCCUCCAAGGGAAAUGUGUGGAUAAAACCAAGAAGAAAUACUACUCAGCUUCAAGCCAUGGCAACUGGGGUUCCUGGGGACCCUGGGGACAGUGCUCCCGCACCUGUGGGGGAGGAGUUCAGUUUGCCUAUCGCCACUGCAACAACCCAGCCCCCAGGAACAACGGGAGAUACUGCACAGGCAAGCGGGCCAUCUACCGCUCCUGCAACGUCACUCCCUGCCCCGCCAACGCUAAAUCCUUUCGACAAGAGCAGUGUGAAGCAAGGAAUGGCUAUCAGUCUGAUGCAAAGGGGGUCAAGACUUUCGUGGAAUGGGUCCCCAAGUAUGCUGGAGUGCUGCCUGGAGAUGUCUGCAAGCUCACCUGCCGAGCCAAAGGAACCGGUUAUUAUGUGGUAUUUUCUCAGAAGGUCACUGAUGGCACGGAGUGCCGACCCUACAGCAACUCGGUCUGUGUCCGAGGGAAGUGCAUCCGAACGGGCUGUGACGGCAUCAUCGGAUCCAAGCUCCAGUAUGACAAGUGUGGGGUGUGUGGAGGAGACAACUCCAGCUGCACAAAAGUCAUGGGAACCUUCACCAAAAAGAGCAAGGGCUACACGGACGUGGUGAAGAUCCCGGAAGGGGCGACCCACAUCAAAGUGCGGCAGUUCAAGAGCAAGGACCAGAGCAGGUUCACGGCCUACCUGGCCCUGAAGAAGAAGAACGGCGAGUACCUGGUCAACGGGAAAUACAUGAUCUCCACCUCGGAAACCAUCAUCGACAUCAACGGCACCGUCAUGAACUACAGCGGCUGGAGCCACAAGGACGACUUCCUGCACGCCAUGGGCCACUCGGCCACCAAGGAGAUCCUGAUCGUGCAGAUCCUGGCCACCGACCCCACGCAGCCCGUGGACGUGCGCUACAGCUUCUUCGUGCCAAAGAAACAGGGGCAGCUGCCAAACUCUGUCCCCAGCAGCGGCGGCGGCAAAGUGACUGUGCCGGCCGCGCAGCCCCGCUGGGUGACGGGGCCCUGGCUCUCCUGCUCUCGAACGUGCGACACGGGCUGGCACACCAGGACUGUCCAGUGCAAGGAUGGGCACGGGAAACUGGCCAAGGGAUGUCUGCUCUCCCAGAGACCCUCAGCAUUCAAACAGUGCUUGCUGAAAAAGUGCUAACCUGUGGUGGUGACCUUCUUUCAAAGAGGUUUGAGUAAGCCGUUGUUGGCGUGCUGGUGUCGGGUCUGCCCAGACAGAGAGAAGCAAAGGCUUCAAUGUACUUGCGUUCAGUCUCUAAUUAUGGGCAGAAUCUGCCUAUUUGGACCAAAUGAAGAUGUGCACUGCUUUAAAUAAUAGUAGGGUGGUCUUAAUAUGUCAAAGAAAGUAAGCAUUAAAGUUGUUAUAAGCCCUAUGUGUCUGCAAAAACGUAAAAUAAAAUAAUGCAAAAGAAGAAAAACUAGUGAAUGGAGGACCCUGGGAUAUUUGAAGGUUACAGAAUCAUCUCCCCUUUUUCACCUACCUCUACUACAGUAUGUCCUUAGGAAACGUCACAUGACCCCAUGAUCCCACAGUAGCUUAUUUUAUACUGUUUUGUAAAUAUCUUUCAGUUGGUAUAUCACUUUAUAUCACUUCCUUCUAUUAAAGAAAUCAAAAGACAAACUACGUAAGCAAAAUGAUUGACCAAAGUAUAUCUGCAGCCCUUGUGGACUUGGUCCAUCCUUCAGAAAGGGCCACAGAUGUUUUACUGGAAAAUGAAGAGCUUGCUGCUGGUUUUAAAAAAGUGAUACCUUUUGGUUUUGACAAAAGGAAAAUAUGUUUUUGUGGUAGGAAUUUCCUGACAGUGUAUCAUUAAUGUCUGACAAAUCCUGUGUUUCCACCCCAGAGCUCUCAGGAGGAGCCUUGCAGCAGCUUGCAGAGCAGGGAACCCCACAUUGCUCCAACAGCAGGAGCAUCAGCAGCUCCUCCCCAUGUGUGUGUCAGGCAGGCACCGGAGGAGGAGCUGGCUGCCAGGAGGAGUUUGUGUACACUGUGCUUGUAAACCUCCCUGGUUCCAGCUGUGUCACAGCCUGGGCUCCUUGUUGUCACUGAACAAGAGCUGCUCCUCUCUGUGAAACAAAGGCAUACUGUACUUUGUAGAAAACUAGUUAGAGAACCAAAACUUACAGGUGAGGUAAUCAAGUGUCUUCUAACUCAGAUAUUCUGAGGCUGUGUUCAGCUGCUUUCUCUGGUAUUUUCUCUAUGGCUUCCACCUUGAAUUUAACAAUGUGUAAUGUACCUGCAUUUUUCAAGAGGCUAUCAAGGUCAAAAAAACACAGCAAGCAGUUAAUAUUUUAUCACUGUUUUGUCCAUUGUGUCUAACUCUGGUAUUCAUCUUACCAGCAAAAGUUUGUAACUAUUUGUCUUUUUUUUUUUUAUUGUUUUGUGUGUGUUUUGAGUUUUUUUUUAAAGCUAUAGAAGGCAUUCAUGUUCUGUAUAUCUACCACAUUUGGGAGGAAGAGGGGUCACUAGGAAGUCAAACCACAUCAGGAUGUGGAAGACUUGUCCAAUAUCAAUAAGACUGUUUCCACAGCACAGGCAGUAGCUUGUAACAGUUUUCCUUGGCAGCAAUUCCUGAAUCCUGUUAUUGUCUUCUGGAAGUUCUGUGAUUGAGGCUGGGCAUUUCACCUUGUGCAGGUGGAGGCCUGAGAGCAACCCUGGUAAAACUGCUCUCUUUAAUAUCAUCAGGCUUUGAAUUAGACCCUAAGAUAACAGGUACCAAAAGAAAUGGUAAAAAACACACUGAUGAAAGUAGAACCCUAUCUUUUACUCCUUUGUUCGUCCAAACAGGAGACAAGGAGACUGCAGGAGCAUUUUCAGACAAGCCUCAGCUGUAAGUCAGUGGUACUUGAGCACUGAAACACCUCAGGCUCUUCUGAAAAUCCCAGGCAUGAAAUCAGCAGGGAAGACUUGCUGGAGUGUGGAGCAAGAAGGGCAGGUCUGACUCCAGGCUGACACAAACAUGUUUUUGCAACUGUGGCAUGUUUGUGUGAACUCUCAAAAAUCAUGUGAUGAUUUCAAAACAGCAUAGAGUUGCUACAUCUACAACUGUGAAAUCUGGAGAAGGAUCUGGUUUUUUACCCUGUUUUGAAUAAACAGUACCAAGGGCAGGGCCUCCUCCUCUGUUAAAUGGAUUGCCAACAAAUGUAAUUAAUCAGCUUUCAGAAAUGGCAUGGCCUUCUGUUCAGGAGUGGACCCUGUGCAAAACUGUGGGUCUUGGGGAAUACUCCCUAUUUACUCUUGAUCCCAAUCUAAGAACUGAGGUCAAGGCUCAGAAAAUUUGGAGAGUGUUGGAAAGUAAACAUUUAUGCCUCCCCUGCCUGUUAAAAUAAGAUCACCUUAUUUUUCCUUCCAAGUAAUCUAAUUUUGUUGCUUAUAUAUAUGUAUUACACAUGUCCUAGAGCCUCUCCAAAAAGUCCAUAACAAAUAGAAACCAUCAUGAGAGGAAAAAUCAGGAGAUUUAAUGUGUCUCAGCAUAGACAAUAUUUGUCUCAGCAUACAGCUGCUGCAUUAAGUGCUGUUUGUGUUCUGUCAUAAUAGAGACAGAAUGUGCAAGUAUUUGUGUUUGCAUCAUAGUGAUAAUUUAUUGUAUAUUCAGCAGGCUGAGUAAAGCUUUUGGAUGCUAUCUAGGCAUGCCAUAUGCGGGUAUAAAUUCAGAGCUUCCUAAGAUCAGGAGUAUCUUUUAAAAAUGAGUUUACUUAGAAAUAAACACAAGAACAAACCACUGAAGUGAUUUUUAAUGGUGCAGCAAUGAAGUGAAUUAACACAAGCAAAGAUGUGAGGGGGCAAAGGGGACAGACCAAGGCAGGACCCUGCAAGUGUAAGAUAAAGGGUAAGUCACCACUUGCUUUUUCAGGUGCUCCUAAAUCAGAGUCCAGUUCCAAACCUUGCCUGUGGCAGUCCUGGCUGUCCCAUGUACCUGAUGAAUGAAGAAUUGGUGCUAGGUCUGUUCCCAGCUGAAUUCCGUGUCACUCGCACUGUGACAUCAUUGUUUACAUUUCUACCCAGUGUUGCACAGCUGGAUUCAUGGAAUGCGCCGAGGGAUGGAAACCUGGAAUUCUGCUCUUGGCACAGCCAGGAACAAUCUCAGUGUUAAAUUCACUCUGACUUUGGGACACUCUUCCAGUGCCCUUAGAUGAAUUUGGACCCCUGAGCAUCAGUGGGGUUUACAGCAUCUGCUUUCCAAGUAGGAUAUUCUCAUUAGGAAAAAGCCUGGCAUCUGUGUUUUGACUGUGUACAAGAAAUUAAGUUUAGCUGCCCUCCUGUGGAAACAGUUUUAUCACAAGGGGAAGAGGGAAUAAUCUUGUGGAUUAAUAACAACUGUUAAAAAAAAAAAAAAAAAAGAAACACAGCACUGAAAAAAAUAAAAUAAUUUAUUGUUUUUACAACUGGUAUGUGAACGGAUGUAAUGAAUUUAUUUAUUCUUAUUUAACAAAAUACCAAUUGUGCAAAUUCUAUAUUUAAAAUGAUUUGCUAUCGUCUCUGGCUCUCUUUCUGGCUCUCUCUUAAUUUAUGCUUCGGAUUUGUGUCGAAAGUAUGCCUUGUGAGUUUACAUAAUAUAUGGCACUGGUCAUUUUUUGUAUGAUUUUAUUUAGAAGACUCUGCAUGGAACAGGAGUAUAUGUGUAUACACGUCUAUAGAUGUGUAUUCUUUUUCUGCUGCCACCUUUUCCUUAGAGAAGUUGUAGCUUUUUAAUUUGAUGACCCCUUGUGUGUCUCCAGGCUCCUUGUUACACUUCAAAAAGCUCUCAACAAGCAAGUCCCAAAGGUCUGUGGACCAAAAAAAACCCAGUAAUGGCUCCUGAAGAAGUCAGAAAACAGAUUGGUGUCUCGAAGGCAUGUGCAAUUCAUGCUGGAGGCCUCAGUGAUUGAUCCCCAAAGCUGAUCCUGGCCCUUGCUUAAAUUGUAGCAGAAUUUCAAUAACUGGGAGUCCUCUCCAUGGGCGUGAAGUUCCUCCGAGUUGCCAGCACUCUUCUCUAAUGUAGUUUCUGAUGUUUAAUUGACAACACUAAAGAGAAAGCUCCUGGGUGUCUCUUUAUAAAAUAGCUUGAUAAUAAACAUAUGAUUUGGUUUAUGAGGACUGCACCAUUAAGAAAGCUGUUUUUUCCAUGUUAUCAAUGUUUAUAUACAUAUAUAAAUAUGUAUAUUUGGCUAUAAAAAGUCAAAACCCCGA